AUGGCGCAUAUACCUCGGAAAUCGCUGAUAGGAGGUCGUUGGAGUGAGGAUGGUGAAGGGGAGGAAGAAGACUACCAAUUAGAGGAAUUUGAGGAGGACGGGGGUGAAUUCGACGGUUUCUUCGGUGAAGACGAUGAAGACGAUCCCGACUACUCCGGCAGCGAACGGGGCGGCCAAGAUGAUAUCCCCAUCGACCCAGCCCUCUCAGACGGCGAAGAAGAUGAGCCUACCGAAGAUGAGUCGGAAGAGGACCUCUCUAUGGACCUCUUCAAUAACGAGAUGGAAGACUUCCAUCAGGACCUGAAAGCCGCCCAUGGCUUCCGACGUCGACGUCCCAAUGGAGGUCGCCGCGCAGUCGGCGACGAAAACUACUCCUUCGAAGUUCGCUCCCUUCUUGGCCAGGCUAACCAAGCUUAUGCCUUCGGCAAACUCGACGAAGCGCUCAAGGCCGUGAAGCAAAUCAUCCAGAUCGAGCCCGGCGUAUAUGCGGCGUGGAAGAUCCUUGGUGAAAUCUUCAGCGAGAAGGGCGAUAAGAAUAAAUGUCUUCUGGCCUGGCUGACUGCGGCGCAUGCUCGGCCUAAGGACUGGGAGCUCUGGCUCAUGUGUGCUAAGAUGAGUUUAGACCAAUACGGACCUGAUAAACAGAGCUACAGGGACCAGGCUAUCUACUGCUAUAAUAGGGCAAUCAGAGCGAACCCGGAUAAUAUUGAUGCGAUCUACGAUCGUUCAUUGCUGUUGAAAGAUUCGGGACAGCUUACAAAGGCAGCGGAAGGGUUUGUUAUGCUGAACAGGCUCUUACCAAAUGAUAUGGGAAUUUUAAAGGAGCUAGCCGGAUUGUAUAUCGAACUCGGAAGAAUUCCGGAGGCGAUUGAUUUUUACAACAGGAGUGUAGAGUUUUUUAAGAGUACAGGGAACGCGGAUAUGGCGUUUGGAUGGAGUGAACUCAAUAUAUUUGCCGAGCUUUACUGCAUGGAAAAAGAAUGGGCCGUUGCUAUUCAGACAAUCAAGAGCUUGGGAAGAUGGUUGUAUGGGCGAGCAGAAGAAAAAUACUGGGAUCAAAUUAACGGAGAUGAUAGGGAAUGGGAUGAGGAAGAUAGACCCCGGAGAUGUUUGGUGAGAGAAUUUGAAGUGGACAGGUUCCCGAAGGAAAGCUAUUCGCUCCCACUGGAAUUGCGAGUUAAACUAGGGCUGUGCAGGUUACGGAUGGGUAAUAAAGACGAAGCUAUUUCCCACUUCCAAUACCUACAAAAGACCGCCAAUUCAAACUACAAUGAUUUAUUCCAAGAGGUUGGCGAUGCCCUCUAUGAAUGCCGAGCAUACGAGGAUGCAAUAAGCUACUACAGCGUAGUCGUCGAGGCCGCUGAGUAUCUCGACCGCAAAUUAUGGUUUAAUAUGGCUGAGUGUUACCGGGGCAUCGACAACAUUGAAGAUUCGGAAGACGCCUACAUGACAAUUCUCGAGGCCUACCCUACUGACGAGGCCGCCAUGAUGCAGCUAGCUGGAAUUUAUGAAGUAACCAAUCGCAAAGCCGAAGCCCUUGAGCUUGUCAACGAAAUCAUCCGAAUCCGGCGAGAAAGAGACGCCGCAGAAAAAGCCCGCAAGGAGGCUUUAGCUAGUGGUGUGGUACUUUCUGGAGCGGAGGGAAGUGAGGCGGCCAAUGAAAAUAACACUGCCAUGGCUUUCUUUCCAAACCAGCCGGUCAGGGAGAGAGCGAAAAGAAAGAAGGCUGGAAUGCUAACAGAAGUGGAGAGGGCGGAGAUGGACGCAAAAAAGACAGAGCAGACGACGGUGAAGUUUAAAAAAUUAGAAUUUCUGAGACCGGCCGCUGAGGCCGAGGAUCAACUUGCCAUCAAGGACUGGCUUGAUACGGCAGGUGAUUUAGUAGAUGACUUUAGGAAUACGAGAGCGUUAUACCCGCAAGAUCGGAAUCUUAAAUUCAAGGGCUUUAUGACAACAGCACAACGAAGAGCGAUGGCGCAGGGUCAAGCUAAACGGAUUGAAAAGAUGCAGAGUCGUUUGCAGGAGACAUUGACUUUCCAGGACGAUGAAAUCACUACUGAGCACUUAACAAAAUUCCGAGGACUAGAUUUUGACACAUGGCUAUAUAUCUUCAUGCAAUACGCAAUCUACCUUGCCAAAUACGAUAAUUUCCAGGACGCAUACGACGUCUGCAACGCUGCAAAAGAAGCGAAUGUCUUCUUCCAAGACAAGCGUCGGACUUUCACAAUAUGGAUAACCUGGCUGUCCUGUGCCAUCUUGGUUGGCGACUCAGAAUCCUGUUCCACCAUUUGCCGUUGGUUCAUGACAAGCUUUCAGUUCACGACAGAAACCUACUCUCUCUUUACUGCCUCUAUCACUGCCUCCAAGAAUGGCCUCGAAGUUUUCCACAAUAAUGCCAACCAAAAAUACCUCCUCCGUCAAAUAAAAGCCAUGGACCAGGCAAUCACGGGGAAGGUUAGGGUUGGCGCGGCAACGUUGACGGCCGUAGAUGACGAUGGAAAUAAGUAUGUCCCUGGGGAUGUAGAUGUGGGAUUGCUCAUGCUUUACGGUCAUAUCCUUGCCUCAGGGAGGAGUUAUAUAUCGGCACUGAAUUACUAUACGAGGGCGUACGCGGUGCUACCUGAUAAUCCGAUGAUUACAUUCUGUAUCGGGCUUGCAUAUCUACACAGGAGUAUGCAGAGGCAGAGUGAAAAUCGACAUAUGCAAGCAUUACAGGGCAUGACUUUUCUCUUUGAGUACUAUGAUAUGAGGACUGAUGGGAAGAGAAAAAGCGAAGAAAAGGCGAAGGGACCAGAACACGCCGAAGGAGAAUCGGCAGGGGAUGUGGAUGCAAUGGAGAUUGAUUCAGAACCCACACAGCAGGGAAAGACAAGAGAGGAUAAUACAAAUUGGGAGGAGCGACAAGAAGCCGAAUACAAUAUUGGUAGAGCCUUCCACCAUAUCGGGCUUACCCACCUGGCGAUUCCGUAUUAUCAACGAGUACUAGAAAUUUCAGACGAGCAGGCACAAGCAGGAAAGCCCCUGAUGGGGGACAUGAAAUGGGAGGCAGCUUACAACUUGCAGAUGAUCUAUGUCACCAGCGGAAGUCCUGGCUUGGCAAAAAGCGUCACAGUAAAAUACCUGGUGUUAUAG